AACCUAGAAUGGACCAAUUUAACACUAAGGCUCUUGGAUAGACUUGAUAAACGACAAAUACCAACGCACUGUGCACUGAUGCAUCUCAAUGAGGGAACACUACUCAACAACUGUCGACAACGCUACUUCAAGAAACAGAUUUAUACGUAUGUUGCAAAUAUACUUAUUUCAAUUAAUCCCUAUGAAGAAAUCGACGAUCUUUAUUCAACCGAUACAAUCAAUAAAUACAGAGGAAAAUCGCUGGGACAAAUGCCACCCCACGUCUAUGCAGUUGCCGAUAAAGCAUAUCGUGAUAUGAGACGUAAUAAGGAAUCACAAUCAAUCAUCGUAUCCGGAGAAUCCGGUGCUGGAAAAACAGAAUCGCAGAAGGCGAUCUUAAGAUACCUGUGUGAAAACUGGGGAACAACUGCUGGUCCCAUACAGCAACGAAUUCUUGAAAGUUAUUGUGGCUAUAUGCAACUUAUCCUGUCUGUAGUGAAACUUAAACUUUCAGCUAACCCUAUUCUUGAGGCAUUCGGUAAUGCAAAGACACUUCGUAACAAUAACUCGAGUCGAUUCGGAAAAUUUGUCGAGAUUCAUUUUGGUAGCGACGAUAGAGUAGCUGGUGGUUUUGCAUCGCAUUACCUUUUGGAGAAAUCAAGGUUAUGCCACCAGACUAACGGCGAAAGAAACUACCACAUUUUCUAUCAGUUGAUCGCUGGAGCUCCGAAUGAUUUGUUCAAGAAACUUCGUUUGAACCCUCCAGAUAAGUUCAAGAGGUACCAUAGAAGUUCAUCACUAAAUGCAUCAAAACGUGAAAUUCUGACAGAUGCGAUCGUUGAUGAUGUGGCGGACUUUUCUCAUCUCGUUAAUGCCCUUGGUCAGGCGGGGUUCACACCGAAUGAGAUCAACGAUAUAUGGCGUGUCGUGGCUGGUGUGUUGCAUCUAGGCAAUAUCGAAUUUAUAAGUAGCGUGAAUGAUAGCAGAGAUGGCUGUAUAGUGGAGCCGAGUAGUGAGACAGCGUUGAUGAUUGCCGCCGAUCUACUCGGAUUGGAAGUGCCUGAAUUGAAGAUGGGGCUCGUCUCGAGAAUUAUGCAGGCAACAAAGGGCGGAGUGAAAGGCACACUUAUCAGGUUGGUUCCACUCAAAUCACACGAAUCUGCAGCUGGACGAGAUGCGCUGGCCAAGGCGUUGUAUUCGCGUCUUUUCGAUUGGCUCGUAAUCAGAAUCAACAAAUCCAUACCGUUUGAGGAAAGCAUCAACUAUAUCGGAGUGCUUGAUAUAGCCGGAUUCGAGUUCUUCGAAGUGAACUCAUUUGAGCAAUUCUGCAUCAAUUACUGUAACGAAAAACUACAACAUUUCUUCAAUGAGCGGAUUCUAAAGCAAGAGCAAGAGCUUUACGCUAAAGAAGGAUUGAAUGUGCCACUGAUUGAAUAUUCCGAUAAUCACGACUGCAUUGAACUUUUCGAGAAGAAAUCAUGUGGCCUGCUUGAUCUGCUUGACGAGGAGGCUCGUCUGCCACGGCCAAAUCCUCAGCAUUACACAAUAUCCGCUUACACUGCCAACAAAGGACAUUUUCGACUUGAGACACCACGACGUUCUCGCCUACGUCAGCACCGGGAUCUUCGAGAGGACGAGGCGUUUCUCGUGCGUCACUACGCCGGAACUGUCUGCUACCAAACUGCGCAGUUCCUCGAUAAAAACAACGACACACUACAGAACUCUCUCGAAUUUCUUGUAGAGCAGAGCAGGUUUGACAUGCGAAUCCUCGUGGGACCAACCCCAGGACGCCGAUCGGGUGGCGGCCGUCUACAGGCCAGCACUGUAGGAGGGAAAUUCCGCGCUCAACUCACUGUGCUGCUAGAUAAACUAAGGGAUACGGGUACGCAUUUCGUUCGGUGCGUGAAGCCGAACUCUUCGAUGAGUGCCGGUGUGUGUGACGGGGCGGCGAUCUUGUCACAACUGAAAUGCGCCGGUAUGACAAGUGUAUUGAAAUUGAUGAAAAAGGGAUUCCCGUCCAGGACAUCAUUUGCGGAUCUCUAUGAAAUGUAUCGUUGUCAGUUACCGCCUGACUUGGCUCGUCUGGAUCCGCGUCUUUUCUGUAAGUGCUUGUUCCGUGCCCUCGGCCUUAACAAUAUCGACUACAAAUUCGGACAGACGAAGGUGUUCUUCAAACCUGGGAAAUUUGCUGAAUUUGACCAGUUACUUCGUCGAGAUCCGGCUCAUGUAAAGGUACUGAUCGACAAAGUUAGAUCGUGGCUGCUAAAGACCCGAUGGAGAAAAGCUCAGUAUGGCGCAUGGAGUGUUAUUAAGCGUAAGUUUGCCGAAUUUAACCUUCGUACUCUAUCUUCUUGGAUUCAGAGAAGAACUAAGAAUAUCUAUCACAGUUUGUUUACUCGAGUUGUUUUUAAGCUUUUCCUCCUGAGCUCUUCUCUUUACUUUGAGUUUUUAAGACUAUCAUUGGUAUAUUCAAUCACUACUACUAUCGAUCUUCUUCGUAUACGCCGUAGGAAAGCAUCAGGGUUUAUUAGUGUAGGCGGUCCGAAGAAAAACAAACACAUCUCGGACAUCGAAGCGCUCUUGGAUAUUUCCUGCAAAUCGUCGUCGCUAAAGUGA